AUGUCUAAAGAUUCAAAUCACACUUAUGUACAUUUCACCCUUUCUCGCACAGCAGAUCUUUUCGAGGACUUCUGCAAAGAUAAACUUCCCGACGAUGACAUUUACGUACCACCUCACAAUCAACCUAUAAAUCCAGAAGAUGAAGACGAUGUGGUCCCCGAUCAACAUGCGGCAUUUGGUAUUCAGCGGGCAACUCAAAAGACAAAAGAACCAGCUUGGAAAGAUUUGGGAUUGGCGGAACUGAUGAAGAAAGGUCCCGGUGGAAAAAAUGGGAAUGAAGGAGGAAGCUAUAAGGGUAUUAGAAGUCUUCCGAGGUGA